ACUUGCUGGGUAGAAGAGGCCGUCGACAACUCCGUUUUUUAGAUUAUAAUCCCCUGACAGACUAGCACUCCUCCUAAUCAAGCUGAAGAAUCGCGGACAUGGCCGACGGAAAAACAUACCAGACUGAGGUCAAUAUUGAUGUCAACACACGACAGUGGAACCUAGAGGCUGGGACUGAGUACAGGUUCGAGCUCGAUCCAGGUACUACUGUAGCGAUUAAGCUCGCCCAUGGUCAAGCGGAGAUUUUCGGGGCUGAGCUUGCUGAGGGAAGCGUGUAUCUAUUCGGCUUCGAAUGCAAAGCCGCCGUAUACACUUGGCAAGGCUGCACCAUUGAGGUCAUAGGCCUCCCGUCCACCGAAUACGUCUCCGAUGAAACCCCAAUGCACGCAUAUGCGAACGUACACCUCGCGCUCGAGCAGAUGCGUGUGAGGGCUCUGCGGACUGUGCACGGCUCACCGCCGUCGUCGGAUGACGAGGCCGACACAGAUGCGAACCCAGAACCUCCGCGAGUACUAGUCCUCGGACCAGAAAACUCGGGAAAGACGACCGUGGCGAAAAUACUAGUCAACUACGCCGUGCGCACGGGACAGGAUUGGACACCUAUGCUGCUGAACACAGAUCCGGGCGAGGGUGGAUGGGCCGUACCCGGUGCGAUAGCAGCAGCACCCAUAUCGUCUCCUAUCCAGACCUCCACACCUGCUACCACACUCGGAUGCGCCGCUUCCUCCGCUCCGACCCACCUCACUUCCAAUGCACUCCUCCCGCUCGCGUAUUGGUACGGGCACGCAGAGACGAAGCGUAAUCCGUUGCUCAUGGACCGCCUUAUCCGCAAUCUGGGCGACAACGUGGCCGAGCGGUGGGACCACGACGUGGAAAGCAGGGUGUCAGGACUGAUCGUGGAUACACCGAGCUCGUUCGCGGCGAGCUCUGGGGCUCAGAACGAGCAUCGACAUGCAUUAAUCAAGGCAUGUGUAGAUGCAUUCAAGAUCAAUGUCAUACUCGUUGUUGGCCACGAAAAACUCAACGUAGAGAUGCAACGGACAUACGGAAACCGUAUGACCGUUGUCAAAAUUCCCAAAUCCGGCGGGGUCGUGGAGCUAGACGCGAGCUAUCGCGAACGGGUACGAAAAUACCAGCUCCAGAAUUACAUGUACGGCAAGAUAUUACAACCACCCCCUGGCCUGUCAACGAAGAUGUACCUCCAGGGUGGCGAGCAGAUACCAGAUCUCACGCUGAACCUUGCUCCGGUCUCGUCCAUCGUGUCUUUCGGCGACUUGACGCUUUACAGGAUUGGCGAAGAGACCAUGGCACCGACGUCUGCGUUGCCCAUCGGCGCGACUCGUGUCGUCUCCGAGAUGCAGCCCCUGCUCGUCGAUCCCGCGCAACCAGGAUCGGGGCUGUACAACGCGGUACUUGCCCUCCUCGCGCCGCCGAACCCGGACGAACAUGAGAGGUACGACGAGGAAAUACUCGACUUGCCUGUGGUUGGCUUUCUCGUAGUGACCGCGCUGGAUAUACCGAACAAGAGGAUGACGAUUCUGUCGCCAAGUCAAGGGUCGCUAGUGGGUCGCACUGCCAUCGUGGGGUCGUUCGAGUGGCAAGAAUGAUCGGGGGGAUUCCUCUGCGCCUCUGACCAUGUAAUCAUCCGUACGCGGUCUCGUUGUGUAUUCUACACAACACUUUCCACCAUAGCUCCAUGCACUGCAAAAAAUCGUUUCCCGCUGGUAUAGCGACAGUAGCGAAUCUCAAAGUCUCAUGGCAUGACUGAGAGUCGCAUGCUACAUAUGUCCCAUAUUUUGGUGUGACUGAAGUUAGACCGGUGCACGUGGACUCUGCUGGGUCUAUACUACCACCUCUCGCUAAUAUUGCAAGCCCUCGUCUGUUCUCGCUUC